AUGUCAUCUUCAGUCCCUGUACCAGGCCGAAGAGCCUCUGUCUCAGCUUCUGACCCUCCCAAUUUCAUUCCUAUUCCAGCCAAUACCAGAGGUAUACCAGCAUCCUCAUUUGGACCUCAGUCACCUAGUGCCAUUUCUGGAACCUCUCCUCGAACAUAUUCCACCUCCUUCUCAACUUCUCCUUCCGCGUCCAGUCAUCUCAGAGGUGCUUCGAUCGGUUCUGCUUUCCACGGUAUGGCAAGACAAUUGACCGCUUUCUUGCCUAUAACUUAUCCCCUAGAAGAAGAGCCUGAAAAGAGACAAGGUGCGGCAAAAGUCUUGCUGUUGGAGAAUAUCAACCUUGAUGCUGCUGAUUUCUUGAAGAAGCAAGGUUUCGAGGUUGAGCACGUUACUAAAGCUUGGUCAGAGGAAGAACUGAUUGCCAAAUUACCUAAUUAUCAAGCUGUUGGUAUCAGAUCCAAGACCAAGAUUACCCAAAAGGUUAUCGAUGCCAACCCUCAAUUACUCGUUAUCGGUUGUUUCUGUAUCGGUACAAAUCAAGUUGAUCUCGCCCACGCCGCACGAAGAGGUAUCGCAGUAUUUAAUUCACCUUAUGCCAAUUCUCGAUCAGUUGCAGAAUUAGUAAUCUCCGAAAUCAUCGCUUUAUCCCGGCAAAUUGUUGACAGGACACAUGAAAUGAGAGCUGGUAUCUGGAACAAGAUCUCUAAAAACUGUUGGGAAAUAAGAGGUAAAACACUUGGUAUUGUUGGAUAUGGACAUAUCGGUUCACAAUUAUCAGUACUUGCCGAAGCUUUCGGUAUGCAAGUUAUCUAUUACGAUGUCAUUCCAAUCAUGCCUUUGGGAACAGCAAGACAAGUUGAAACUUUAGAAGAAUUAUUGAGUAGAGCAGAUUUUGUCACCUUGCAUGUACCUGAAAUUCAAGAUACAAUCAACAUGAUUGGUGAAGCUGAAUUUGCCCAAAUGAAGACUGGUUCAUUCUUCAUAAAUAAUGCAAGAGGAAAAGUUGUUGAUUUAUCCGCAUUGGCAACCGCAUUAGAAUCUGGACAUCUUGCAGGUGCAGCAGUCGACGUAUUCCCCAAAGAACCUGGAUCUAACGGACCUGGAUUCAACGAAACUUUAGGAGAUUUCAUUCCAAGAUUACGAAAUGUACCAAACUUGAUCCUAACUCCUCAUAUUGGUGGUUCAACAGAAGAAGCUCAACGCGCUAUCGGUUCAGAAGUUUCAAAUGCCGUUUGGAGAUAUUUGACCUACGGUACUUCUCUCGGAGCAGUCAAUUUCCCUGAAGUUGAUUUGAGAGCUAUCACAACGAACGAUGAAAGACAUAUCAGAGUUUGCCAUGUACAUAGAAACGAACCUGGUGUCUUGAAACAAAUCAACAACAUCUUGGCAGAUCACAAUAUCGAAAAACAGUUCUCAGAUUCAAAAGGUGAUAUCGCUUAUUUGAUGGCAGAUAUUUCAGGUGUAGGUCAAGAAGAAGUUGAAGGUAUUUAUUCAGGUAUCAAGAAUACUAGAGCCAAUAUCUUGACGAGAUUAUUAUGUGAGUUGAGCCUUGCUUCUCGCAUAUGGCCUUGA